AUGUUCGCCCUCAGGAGAAAGGCGGUUCAAUCUGCCGACCGAGUUGGAAAAGUAACUACUCGAGUUUCGCGACGAUGGGCAUCUGCAGAGCAUGGAAAGACUGGUCAUGAUAACCACCAUUCCGCUGGAUCAAGUACAGACCAUGGGCAUCAUCAUGCUGGUCCAAAAAACGAGUCGUUCGGAACUGGGUUCUUUGUUGUUCUCGCGGCUAUCCCCAUCUCGAUCGGAGUGUAUCAAUACGCCCAACCAUCUGCCGAUGGAACUCCCUCCGGCCUUACGAAGCUGAUUGACAGCUAUUCAUACUAUACGGAGAAAUGGGCCGCAAGAAAUGCCCUACACGUUUCUAUGCUCGAACAAGCUGCUUUCGACCGCAACCUUUUUCAGAGUGAUACAGGCAGUGCACAUGUCAAUCUAAGAUUCCCCGAACAAUUUAAUACAGGAUCCCCUUGGAACGUACCAGCAGGUCAUAGAGCUAGAGACAUGGAACAGUUGGUAGCGCAUUAUGAGAAGUUCAACAAGGAAAACGAAGAUAAGAAGCGUUGA